AUGAUGGAGAGAGUUCUGGCGCAACACGCUCAACAGCAUUCAGACGCUAUGGCCGUGCUGGACGGGCCCCAAGCCCUCAUGUAUGGGCACCUGCUAGCACGUGCCACAUGUCUGGCGGACAGGCUUCAGCUGAAAGACAAGGUUGAGGCGGAAGAGCCCGUCGGUAUUCUCCUCAGCCCUGGCCUGAGUCAAGUGGUAGCCCAAGUGGCCGUCCGUCUCGUCGGUGCAACAUGCGUCCCUCUCGAGCCUAACCAGCCCCCGAAGCGGAUCUGUGAAUUGUUGCGUGAUGUCGCCGUCAGACGAGUGAUCAUUGAGGAUUUGUCUACCAAUAGGUAUCAAGGCUUCGACCUUUACCCGAUGGAACACCUCGAACCUGCGCUAUUCCGCCACGAUAGUCACCUGGUUUUUCAGAAAGACUGUCCCCAGAACGAGGAUGGAUGCAGUCACAUCCUUUUCACAUCGGGGUCCACGGGAAAGCCGAAACCCGUUCAGAUCCAGACAAGCAGCAUCCUCCAUUUGGCGAUGGAGAACAACAUGACUCCGCUGUCACAUACCGAUCGCGUGACCGCAUUCAAUAAUCCUGGGUUCGAUUUGAGUCUGUUUGAAAUUUGGGCCACGCUGAUAGCCCUGGGGACUAUCGUGGUCCUGCCGAAGGGAGUCGGAACCGACCCAAGCCGUCUUCCUGCCUUCUUGACCGACACCCGAGCGAGCGUGAUGAUCAUCCCAACGGCCCUCUUCAUUGUUAUUGCGUCGACAGCCCCCAAUGCAUUCCGUGCGUUGCGAUCUGUCCUGGAAAAGGAACCUCCAGAAAACCUGUGGAAUGGAUACGGUCCUACCGAAGGGACUACCCUGACGACCAUGUACAGGGCAACCUUGCCGGACUGUCUGAAAAACCGCAUCAGAAUUGGCCAGCCAAUUGGAAAAGCUAUUGAAAGUGGCAUCCACGGCGAAAUAUGUGUUGGCGGACCGGGAAAGUCAGCCGGCUAUCUCCACAGGAGCUGUGAGGAUGAGGAAAGAUUUAUCCAGGUACUCAUUCCACACCGGUCAAUUGUCGAACUGUAUCGUACUGGUGACAUUGGCCAGUGGCGACGGGAUAAACCAGGAUUCCUGGACUACAUCGGCCGUCGCGAUACACAGGUCAAGCAUCAAGGAUUUCUCGUCGAACUCGAGGAAAUUUCACGGAUUAUGGAGUCAAGCCCGCUUUUGGAAUCGUGUCUGGUCCUGCAAAGACCACCCUUGUCGGUUCUCCACUCGUCUAUCUUGAUCGCGUAUAUCAUCCCCAGUGGUGGGAAUAAGCAGAGUCAAGACGCCAUCCUUCGAUUUGCACAGGACACCCUGCCAUCCUACAUGAUCCCGGAGCGAUUUGAACUAGUCACGACCUUUCCCUUGACGGCAAAUGGUAACGUCGACCGCCAGGCUCUUCUAGACGGUUAUGCACAAGGCCCACGUGAAGUCGAGGCGGGAGGGAAGCGGGACGUCGUUAAUGGCACAGGUAUCAACACCAACGGCACGGGCACGAUAUCUGCUCUGGCGAAAAUAUGGGAGGGAUUACUUCAGAUGUCCCACCCCACGCCCGAGCAAGAUUUCUUUCUCUUAGGUGCCUCGUCCAUUCAGGCGGCGGCUCUGAUAGCGCUCAUACAACAUCGACUGGAGCGCCUGAUUACCAUGGAUGAGCUACAUGCGCAUUCCCGCUUCUCAAGUUUAUGUGAUCUUCUUGACGCUGGGCAGGCACCCGGACAAGAUAGAUACGAAGAUGCACCAGAUCAUACUAGUAUUUGGGCGAACGACGUUGACAUUGUCGAUGACAUUCCACUCGCUCUGGGCUGGGAAUCGGCAGCAGAAGGACGAGUUUUCCUCACGGGUGCAACUGGACUCGUGGGAGCGCAUAUCCUCCGCCGACUCAUUGAGAGGCCGGGUGUGAAGCAGGUCGCGUGCCUUGCUCGAGCUAGGAACGGUCAAAGCGCCGCUGCUAGAGUGCAGAAGACCAUGGAGAGAUCCAAUUUGUUUCCCGACUCCUUGGAGCUCUCCCAGAAAAUCUUAGUCCUGGAGGGAGACAUUGGAGACGAGCAGCUUGGGCUUGGACCCGCGCAAUUCAAUUGGCUGGUUGAUUGGGCCAGUGUGAUCUUUCACGUUGCGGCCAAUGUCAACUUCUGCGAGUCUUACCAGGAACAGCACCGCGACAACGUCGAAGGGACACGGAACGUCUUGAACGCUGCAGCGCUAGGUCGCCGCAAGGCGUUCCAUUACAUGUCGAGUAUCGAUGUCUUCGGUCCGUCAGGCAUGAUUCUAGGCACGCGAAGCAUCCCCGAAGACAAUAGCGUCACUGGCGCCAGUAACCCUGAUGACUUUAUCACGCGAUGGAUUGUCGGGUGCAUCAAGGUGGGGACCUUCCCGCGAAUAGUUGACAUGCGGUUCGAAUAUUGCACGAUCGACUUUAUUGCGUCGGAGAACAAGGAUCUCGGUCAAGCCUAUCACAUUUUGUCCCCGGACCGGACCAAGUCCUUGACCGUUGAGGAUACCAUUACUCUCCUCCCCGAAGCCGGGUAUCCCGUGCGGAUGAUCGAUUACAGCGACCGGGUGGAGCAGGCAGUCAAGUCGGGCACGUCAAUAGGCUCACUAGUGCCGCUGAUGCCUGUUCUACAGGAGCGAGUGCUUGGAGAACUGACGCGCUGGGAAUGUGCUCAGUAUUCGCCGGUAUAUGAAUGCACGAUUACUGUUGCACAGUAUAAACCGUUUACCAUCGACGUCUUGAGACGCUGCAUGGCAUUCUGGAAGCGGAAAGGGUUCUAUGAUGUGUAAAACCGGUUAGCUUAUCCGUAGGAUGGUGAGAGCGUGGAGUGAUGAAACAUAUGGCUACGUAGUAGAUAGUAGAUUAGGCCGAUGCCCGUCCUCAUAGAUC